AUGAUACUUAUAUGCAAUCAAAUUGAUAAUGAUGGAGCGAAAUAUUUGGCUGAAAUGUUGAAAGAAAACCAAACACUUACAACAUUGGAUCUUACGAAUAACAAAAUUGAUUUUGAAGGAGUCAGUUACUUUUGUGAAGCAUUGGGAACAAAUGAGACACUCACAAAAUUAAGUCUUCAAACUAAUCAUGUUGGUAAUCUAGGAGCACAGUAUCUAGCUGAAAUGUUAUUAAUGAAUCAGACACUAACCGAAUUGAAUCUCAAUACAAAUGAAAUUGGCGACGAUGGAGCACAAAAUCUUGCAGAAGCAUUAAAGGUUAACAGGACAUUAAAAGAACUGAAAUUUGACUACAAUAAGAUCUCCAAUGAAGGAGAGUCAUAUCUGAAAGAAACAAUGCAGUUCACCCAGAUACCUAAAGCAUUGGAUGAUGAAUGUUUUGAAAAAAAAAAUUUUAAACAAGGAAAAACUAAAGGAGAUAUUUUCAAAAUAUUGUGA